GUUACAGGUUGCCCUGUUGAUGCUGCCUUGGAGUUAAGUUACAACAGUAUGCCACCUAAUCUGAGGUUAUGCUUUGCUUAUUUUGCUUUCUUCAAGACGGAACGCACUGUACUCAAAGAGGAUCUGAUUCAUCAAUGGAUUGCUCUCGAUCUUAUUGAGCCAUCCAAGGUCUUCUCUGCCACACAGCUGGCUGAACAGUAUUUCGGGAGGCUACUUGACAUGUCACUCCUUCAACCUGCAAAGUCAUCCCGAACUAGUGCAAAGGAUGACAUGUGCGUAAUCUCGUUCACGAUGCACACGGCGGUGCUUGCAAUCGCAAUACGAUAUGCGGGUGAUGAUAUUUGUUUUCUAGAGGAAGGGAAUCAUAGUUAUCACAAUGCACAUUGUUCCUAUGCAUUGGUUCCCGAUUUUAACUGGGGGCAAUUGAAGUCAAUAUUACCAGAUCAGAAGAUAAGGGCGCUACGUUGCUCAGGCUGUAGCAAAAUGGAGCUCCAUGAUGAUUCAUUUUCAUUUGCGAGGUGCCUGCGUGUCCUCGAAUUACGUAAUAGCUCUAUGCAGAAGCUACCGGAGUCUAUCUGUGAACUGAGGCACCUGGGGUAUUUUAAGUUAUCAGGCUGGUCUGGACUAGUAACUCUUCCGGACUCAAUUGGGAAUCUCACAAGCUUGCUGCAUAUUGAAUUAUCAGCCUGCUCUGAACUAGUAAAUAUCUCGGGGUCAUUUGGGAAGCUAAUUAAUUUGGUGCAUAUAAAUCUAUCAGGCUGCUCUAAACUAGGAAGUCUGCCAGAGUCAUUCAGGAAGCUAACCAAGUUGGUGCAUAUUGACUUAUCAGGCUGCUCUGCACUAGUAAAUUUGCCGGAAGUUUUUGGCAAGCUGACAAAACUGGAGCACAUCAACCUAUCAGGCUGCCGUAAACUAGUAAAUCUGCCGGGAUCUUUUGUGAAGCUGACAAAUUUGGUGCAUAUCAACUUACAAGGCUGCCCUGCACUAGUAAAUCUGCCGGUUUCAUUUGGGCAGCUGACGAAUGUGCUGCAUAUCAACCUAUCAGGCUGCUCUGGACUAGUUAAUCUGACGGAUUCCUUUGGGGAUCUAACAAAUUUGCAGCAAUGCAACUUAUCAGGAUGCUCUGGACUUGACGAACUUCCGCAAUCAUUUGGGAAGCUCAUAAGUUUGGUGCACGUUAACUUAUCAGGUUGCUGCGGCCUGGUAACUCUACCAGACUCUUUUGGGGAUCUAAAACAUUUGUUGCAUGUUGAUCUAUCACACUGCCAUGGGCUAUCAAAGCUGCCGGAGUCAUUUGGAAAGCUAAAGCAAUUGGUUCAUUUGGAUUUAUCAUUUUGGUCUUCCUUUGAGGUGAUGCGGACAGCGCUCUGUGGCCUUAUCAGUCUCCAGCAUUUGAACUUGUCACACCCUUGCUGUUACCGUGCUGACUACCCCCAUCUUCGAGGAUUGAAAGAGCUUCUGGGCCAGCUCAUCAGUGUCAGGCAUUUAAACCUGUCCAUGUUCUUGAAUCUUAUCUUCCGGAACCAGUCAGAAGUGAAGAAUAAAAAAUACCUUGAAUUUUUCAGAGGCUUAUCCAGACUGGAGUUCCUGGACUUAUCUCAUAACAUAUUUCUUCGUGAAAUACCUGGUAGUAUAUGUCGCCUCCCACUGCAGACACUGGACCUCUCAGGCUGCAUUAGACUCAAGGAAGUAGAAUCAUGGAUGGAAAAGCUCAACUCAGUAGUUUUUAGCAACGUGGAAAGUUACACAUUUGAUGUUGACGGUGGCAACACUACCAUCAACAGCUAUGGUCAGCUAGUGGGUCUAAUGUGUGAGAAGUUGGAGAUAAGGAAUCUGGAUGACAUGAAGUCUGUGGCGGAAGCACGGGGAAUAAGAUUGGCAGAGAGACAGAAUCUGUGGUAUUUGAGGCUUCAUUGGCAUGUGGACUGUGGGCGAUAUGUGGAGGACUAUGAUUUGCUAGGAGAACUAGUGCCACCGCAUGGCCUACAGUCCCUUGGGUUAAUCGGUUACAGCAGCACUUGCUUCCCAUCCUGGUUAUCAUCGAGCAGCAUAUCUUCAUUUGAUCUGGUGGAGGUUGUCUUGGAUAACAUCCCGAACUGCAGCCACCUACCACCUCUUGGUCUUUUACCGAACCUUCAGCGGGUUGAUCUCUCAUGUAUGGACAGCAUCACAAGAAUUGAUGCUGGUGAGCUAAGUGGCGGCAACGCAGAUGCAUUCCACCGCCUCUCCAAGUUCACCAUGUCUGACAUGGAUAACCUGGAAGAGUUCACCACCACAUACUACGUUGGUGCUGAGGAGUUGGUGUUCUCGGCCAUAGAUAAAUUCAAGGUUCAGAGAUGCCCCAACCUGAGCUUUGUACCUCUGCCGCCUAGAGCUCGGAGGUUGGUGAUAUCAGACUGCAAUGUUGUGAUGAUUUGCUGGCAGAACAGAGCUGGAACACAUGGUGUGGAGGGCCCUUCCUGCAUCUCUUCUCCAGUUACUGAGUCACUGGUGUUUGCUUAA